AUGGUGCGCCAGCUAUUCCGGACAAUCCUGCUUGCGGGAGCUCUUGCAGGCUUCGCGACAGCGCAAGACUCAUCAACAACUACAUCACCGUCAACUUCCGGCACGGGAUCGACGUCGACGUCUCCGCCUGCAUCUACAUCUUCGUCAGCAUUCUCUGAGGUCCCGGAUGUGGUUCUCAAUGUACCGGAGCUCUCAGUUGGCCGGAUAGAGCUUAAUGUCGACAACCUGGAAGCUGAUAUCAAUCUUCACGCCAAUGUUGCCAGUCUGGUGUCGAUCAAUGCGGGUGUCGCACUGUCAAUCCGGGAGGUCAACAUCACCAUUGCGGAUGUCGACGCCGAAUUGGAGCUGGUGGUGCGCCUAGGCCACCUGGUCGACAUUGUCAACCGCGUGUUCGAAUCACUGGAUCUGAACCCACUGCUGAUUGAUACGAUUGGCAACCUCACCAACCUGCUGGAACCGGUCAUUGGCGCAGUCGAUGGUCUGCUCGGUACUGUCACGCAAGGCGGAUCUACCAUCUCUUUCUUGGUAGACAACCUCGGCAACAUUGUUCAGGAGGUCGGCGGUGUUCAUUCGAUCGUUGGUAAUUACCUACAAAACAUGACGCAAGUUGGCGGUGACCAGACCCUAUCCAACGGCCUCAUCCAAAGGACUUUCGACUACUCGCCUUUGAACGCGGUGGUCGAGAUGCUGUUCAACACCGCUGGUCAAGUCGUCCAAGCAGUGGUCAACAGAGGUGGAGGCGGUGGCGGCGGUGGCGGAGGCAGCAGCUCAACAUCGAUAUCGGCGGCGCCCACAGCAACGGCUUCUACAACUGCCGGUGCCGCGAAGAGAUUCUGA